AUGCCAUCUCCAACAAUUGCAAUGACCAUCCCUUUCGCCUGUCAAAGACUUCGCAUCCCAUUGACGUUUACAGUAAUGAGGGACGGGGAAAUACCAAAUUGGCUCAAGGAAUUGCCAUUGGCACCCGUAUUUUACCCAACGGAUACGGAAUUUGCAGACCCAAUUGCUUACAUCUCCAAGAUUGAGAAAGAAGCUAGUGCAUAUGGUAUAUGUAAAGUAAUUCCGCCAUUGCCAAAACCUUCAAAAAAGUAUGUUGUAGGUAACCUAAAUAAGUCUCUUCUCAAGUGUCCAGAAUUGGGGAACGAUGUAAAACUGAAUAAUGUGGAAACAGUAAAUGAUGGGGAGGUUCGUGCAGUGUUUACAACAAGGCAUCAAGAAUUAGGUCAUAGCAGUGUGAAAAGAACAAAGGAGGUUGGAGAAGGGACAUGUCAGCCUCCUCCUGUGAAUAAGCAAGUAUGGCAAAGUGGGGAAAUUUACACAUUGGAACAGUUUGAAUCCAAGUCUAAGAAUUUUGCUCGAAGCCAUUUGAGUAUGAUUAAAGACGUUUCUCCAUUGGCUAUAGAGUCACUUUUCUGGAAGGCAGCUUGUGAGAAGCCUAUAUAUAUAGAGUAUGCUAAUGAUGUGCCUGGAUCAGGAUUUGGUGAACCAGUGGGGCCAUCUAGAUUAGUACAUAGGCAUAGGAGAAGGAGAAAGACAUUUGAUAGAAACAAUAAAGAUUGUUCUGAUGUAAGAUCACAAGUAGAAGAUAAUAAAAGCAACAACUGUGAAAACCAGAAAGGUGAAGAAUCUAUAAUAAGACAAAGGGUUUCAGAUGAGAUUGAAGGGACUUCAGGAUGGAAGCUUUCCAAUUGUCCUUGGAAUUUACAAGUAAUUGCAAGAUCUCCUGGAUCUCUUACACGUUUCAUGCCAGAUGAUAUUCCAGGUGUCACUUCUCCCAUGGUGUACAUUGGCAUGUUAUUCAGCUGGUUUGCAUGGCAUGUUGAAGAUCAUGAGCUUCACAGCUUAAAUUUCCUCCACAUUGGCUCUCCCAAAACCUGGUAUGCAGUCCCUGGGGAUUAUGCAUUCACAUUUGAGGAAGUAAUCCGUUCAAAGGCUUAUGGUGGAGGUGUAGAUCGGUUAGCUUCUCUAACACUCUUGGGCGAAAAGACUACCCUUCUAUCACCUGAAACUGUUGUUGCAUCUGGCAUUCCAUGUUGCAGGUUAGUACAGAACCCUGGUGAAUUUGUAGUGACCUUUCCAAGGGCUUAUCACAUAGGAUUCAGCCAUGGUUUCAAUUGUGGGGAAGCUGCUAAUUUUGGAACCCCAAAGUGGCUUUCAGUAGCUAAAGAGGCUGCAGUGCGCAGAGCUGCGAUGAAUUUUCUUCCUAUGCUUUCACAUCAACAGCUGCUUUACCUACUGACCAUGUCAUUUAUUCCAAGGGUGCCUAGGUCCUUGUUACCAGGGAUAAGAAGCUCGCGUUUAAAAGAUCGUCAGAAAGAAGAACGUGAGCUGUUAGUGAAGAAGGAAUUCAUUGAAGAUAUUCUCAAAGAAAACAAACUGUUGACUUGUAUUCUCAAUAGAUCUUCCUCUUAUCAUGCAGUCCUAUGGGAUCUUGAAUCCCUCUCACCAUCUGUCAUUAAUAAUAGUACAAUCAUCAAUCCACAAACUGAAAGCUUUCAUGGUGAAAAAGACAAUGAAAAACGUGUUCAUGUAGAGGAUGAGGACAUGUCGAGUGAUUUUCAAAUUGAUUCAGGGACAUUACCCUGUGUGGCUUGUGGUGUUCUUGGUUAUCCUUUCAUGUCUGUUAUACAACCAUCACCAAAAGUGGUGUUUGAUAACAUUCCAAUCAAGGAUGAUCAUCCAAAUAUUGCAUCUUCAGAAACUCAAGUGGUUAAUGCCAAGGAUGAGUCUGUUGAAGCUUCAACAUGUUCAUCUAAAGUGAAUGUUGACAAUGGAUGGAACAUGUGUAAUGGGUAUUUAAGACCUAGAAUAUUCUGUUUAGAGCAUGCAAGCAAAGUUGAAGAGCUGUUGGACUCCAUAGGUGGAGCAAAACUGCUUAUAAUAUGCCAUUCAGAUUUUCUGAAAAUUAAGGCACAAGUUUCAGCCAUAGCAGAGGAGAUUGGCAGCAUGUUUAGAUAUGAAGAUGUUGAAUUACAUGAUGCCAGCAGGGAUGAUUUGGAGGUGAUAAAUCUUGCAAUUGACAAUGAGCAAGAAGAUGAAUGUUUAGAAGACUGGACACUGAAAUUGAAUGUUAAUCUUCGACAAUCUGUUAAAGUCAGCUGCCCUAAAUCAUCACCUGAUAAGAUGAUAAAUAUAAUACAUAAUGCUUUGACUAUAGAUGUUCUGUUUGCUGACACAAGCCCCAUCAUCUCACAAGCAAUGAUUCAGUGGCAAGCUACAAAGUCUCGGUCAAACAGAAAGUCAAACCGUUGGAUCAAGAAAUCAUCAGAGACUGUUUCUGUCACAGAGGAUGUGAAAUCGAAAGAGAAGUCAUCUGAAGCUCAAAUGCCUAAAAAGGAAGAGAAGUUUAUUCAGUAUUCAAGGAGAAGCUUCAAGUCAAAGCCACAAGAUUCUGUAAACAAAAAUCAUGAAAAAAACACAAACAAGGUUAUUUUGGAUGAUUCCAUUAUUCCAUCACAAAAGCAGAAACAACAAGGUUAUGAAGAAAAAUGUGGUGUUGAAAACUCGUCAGGUUCAGUGUCAUGUGCGACAACUAUUGAAAAAGAUGAGGAAAUGAGUAUGCAAAAUGAGCAAGGUUCUGGAAAAGAGUGCAGCAGAGAGGAGGUUGUUAAUGAAGAUGGUUUGAUGGAAACGGAUCCAAGUAUUAGUAUCGGGUCAAAGAAAAGUGACGAAAAUACCCCUCGUGUAUCAAGUUGUUUCACUUCAACAAGUGGAAGCAAAAGAAGGAAGACAGAUUUUGAUGGAUUUAUAAGAAGCCCAUGUGAAGGAUUAAGACCGAGAGGUGGAAAAGACACAAACGCAGAAAAAGCUUCCACGAAUGUGAAAGAAAAAUCUUCCAGAAACAAGUCAAAGUCUUGUUCGAAAGUCAAAAUCACGGAAAAAGAGGAGCAAGGGUCUGGGUCCCAUUCCUAUAGAUGUGAUCAUGAAGGUUGCAAAUUGAGGUUCGGGAGUAAAAGAGAGGUAGGGUUGCAUCGAAAGAACAGGUGUCCUCAUGAUGGAUGUGGGAAGAAGUUCAGUUCGCAUAGAUACGCAGUGCUCCAUUUACGUGUCCAUGAAGAUAGCAGGCCUCUUAAGUGCAGUUGGAAAGGUUGCAAGAUGACAUUCAAAUGGGCCUGGGCCAGGACUGAGCAUUUACGGGUCCACACUGGUGAGAGGCCCUACAAGUGUACGGUUGAAGGUUGUGACCGUACCUUCAGGUUUGUGUCUGAUUAUAGCCGCCACAGAAGGAAAACCGGCCAUAAUCUGCAUGGUUAG